CCCACUGCACACCUAACAGUCACAGAAGGAGGAUCCAUUUCUACAGGUGUCUUCCUUUUUUCCUCCAAGAGACUUAAACAGCAAGUUCUGAGGUCCAAGUGUCUGAGGUUGGAGUGGGACAUCUUGACUUAAGGUUUCUUUUAAGGACAUUUCAUCGAGAUAUUUCAAGAUGGGGUUGUGGAUUCUGAUUGGCCUUAACAUCAUCACAAAGGUGUCUGGGUAUUCAAAUGGUAUCUUCCCAAUGGUGUGUGAAUCAAUGUUUCCUGACCACAAAACAGCAAGUGCGUCACCUUUUCUCCCUCAGAACACUACAGCGCCCUUUGAUAUUAUUCCUGAACCCGGGAAUGAGGGAGACAAUAUUACAGUUUUUCUCAAGAGCACGUCACUCACACCGUUUCGUGGGUUUAUGUUGGAGGCUCGAGAGACAAUAAACGGAAAUGAAAUCGGAAACCUUACUGUUGGAAGAUUUACCACGCUCGAGUCUUUUCCGGCUCGACUCUUGACUUGUAAAGAUUCAGCAGGCGCGGCUGUUAGUCAAAGGAAUAAUCAAAUGAAAACUAUGAGUCAAGUUAUCUGGACACCCCCGAGUAAACCCGUAGCUAUAACGUUCAGAGCCACAUUUAUUGAGACUUUUGAAACAUUCUGGAUAAACGUGGAAAAGAAUCUCGUUCUACCCAUUACACCAGUACGCCUACCCAGUACUGGAAUUGCGAUGACCCUUUUGGACAUGUUUCUUGUGGUCCUCAAUAUGGGACUGCCUAAUAUAUUCGAUAGCGUCCGCCCCGGCCCCCUUUCUCGUUGUCUCAGUAAGGUGUCACGGAUAUGUUGCACUCUGCUGUGUACGGCAGUUGAAAUAGCGGCUUUGGUCUUGUUUGUUGUGUCUCAUCCUAUACAAGUCCUUCUCGUGGCUCUUGUGUGUGUGGUGAUGGUGAUUAAUUUCAUACAGCUGGUGGUCGUCUUUCUGCCGUUUGGAGCCAACAAUGAACUAAAGGAGAUCCGCGGCCAUGCUGUCAACGGGUGUUCUGUCGUCCAUCUGAUGUUUACAAUCGGCGUCAUCUUCGUCGGUAUUGUGAAGAUCGUCGUCUGCGGAAAGAACGGCGCCGACUCUUGGCUUCUGCUAACGAUGAUCACUUUCACAGUCUGGGCUUUCCUGUUUGUAAUUUGGGUUUUCGUAACCAAUACUCAAAGAAACGCAAUACUGGGGAGAAGAAAAAUAGAGAGUCCAGAAAACAGUCAGAGUUGGAGGGAAGAAAGCAAAGAGAAGAACCUCUGUGGAUGGAUCCUCGCCGCUGUCUCAAUCAUCUUCAUCGUUGGAAGCUUGUGCUUCACUGUUGCUAUCAUUGUUGGGCUAGUUGGAUGUCAGAAAGAGGCUGGUGCAUGAAGGGGGGCUGGGACUUUGUUUGCAUGUAAUUCACAGUUGUUUUUUUUGUAUUUUGUUAAAAAAAAUGUAAGCUAUUCAUGAAUGCCAAUUUAAUUAAAAUCCCAGUUGCACACUAUGCAUGCUCAUGUUUAAAAUGGCAUCUUUUCAAUUGUAUGCGAGUACUUGUGUGCGAUACUUGUUUUUGCUCUAUUCUCUGUACCUUGUUUGUAUACUGCUGCUGUGACUUGCAUAUUCAAAAUGUAAAAAAAUCAUAUAGCUUCUUUUGUAAAGGUUAUGAAACUGUGUUUUCCUGAU